AAUUGCACAGUGUGCAAUAUAAGAAUCUUUUAAGAUGUCAGUAUGUAUCUAUGGAAGAUUAUUUAUCUAAAUCCAAAAUGAGGUUUGUAGGAUCAUGGGCCACAGAAUUGGAGAUUCAAGCGAUGGCUAAUUAUUUGGGAGUGGAUAUUUAUACAUAUCAUAAUGAAAAAUGGUUACAGUACAGUUGUAUGCAUGAAAGAACGUGCAAUCAAGGUAUAUAUCUACAGCACUGUAAUGAGAAUCAUUAUGAAGUUGUUAUUUGUGUGAAACAACCUAAUAGCCAGAUGUGUUAUAUGCUGUGCCAGAAUGAAGAAAGUGAUGUUGGAAAACACAUUUGUACCAGACAGCGAGUAAAAAUUCAAAGUGAAAUUUCUGUGAAUCAUAAGGAACAAAAUCCUGUUACUGGAGAUAUAAAGAAUGAUGCAUCUGCUAAUAAGAGGAAAUACUUGAAAAGGUAUUUUUCAUUAAAAAGAGUAAAGAACAAAAUUAAAGGCCAAAUUAAGCAACCUGUUUUGGAGAAGUAUCAUUGCAAUGCAGAGUUUCAGAAUCAUAUGAAAAAUCUCAAUAGGAAAAGAUAUCACAGCAAUCCUUUAUAUAAAGAGUCAUUAAAACAGGCAAGUAAGAUCAAAUAUGCUGAAAACCAGCAACAUAAGUGUAAAGUCAAUGAGUACAAUCGAGUGAAGUAUAAAAAGAAUGAGCAAUAUAAAAUGAGAGUGAGGAAAUACAGUAGGAUAAAAUACCAGAACAAUGUUCAAUUUAAAAACAGAGUGAAAACAUUCAGUAAGGUGAAAUAUCAUGUCAAUGAUGAAUUUAAAAACAGAGUGAAGACAUUCAGUAGGGUGAAAUAUCAUGUCAAUGAGGGAUUUAAAAAUAGAAUGAAAACAUUCAGUAGGGUGAAAUACCAUGGCAAUGACCAGCAUAGAAACACUGUCAAGCAGCGCAGUAACGUAAAAUAUCGUAAUAGUGCAUCACAUAAAGAAAAUGUAAAAAGAAUUAACAAGAUGAAAAGAGAACAAUUAAGACAAAAUCAGAAGAUUUGUGAUUUUGUCAAAAAGACGUUUCUAGAUAAAGUUAGUUCUGGGCCAGAAUUUGUUUGUUGUGUUUGCCACCGGCUGUUAUUUAAACAGCAAGUAUUAUGCUGUAAAACAGAAAAUUAUAACACAAAUUCAGCAGUGUCACAGAUGGCAAAAAAAUGUAUUACAAAACAUUUUUUGCAUAAGUGUGGUGAAAAUUGUGUUAUUCCCUGUGAACUGGCAGAUUCAUGUAAAGGCAAGCUUUGGAUUUGCUUCACUUGUCAUACUAAAGUAAAAAAAGGAGAAAUGCCAGCUGAAAGUGCAGUUAACAAUUUAGAAUUGAAACCUAUACCUGAAGAACUAAGUUGUCUCAAUAAUUUAGAGCAACAUUUGAUAGCUUUGCAUAUCCCAUUCAUGAAAAUGUUAGCUUUACCAAAAGGUGGGCAAAAUGGAGUGCACGGUCCUAUUAGUUGCGUGGCAGCUGAUAUUAAACAAACAACAAAUGUUUUGCCUAGAACAGAAAAUGAAGGGUCUUUAAUUUGUGUAAAGUUAAAGCGGAAGUUGACAUAUAAAGGUCAUUAUAAGUAUCAGUAUGUGGACACAACAAAUAUUAAACAGGCACUCAGUUGCUUAAAAAAAAUCAACAAAUACUAUACAGAUAUUGUUUUUAAUGAUAAUUGGUUAAAUGAGUUUAUUAGACAAGAUGAUGAUGACGAUACAAACAACAUGGAGGAGACUGAACUGGAAAACACAAAUGUUGAUGAGGAGUUACACGAUAGGCAACAGCACUGUGUGUUUAUGGACACUUGUUUGCAACCUGUAGAUAUUGGACAAGAAGUACUUGAUCAGUAUUUUGAUGGAAUCUUGAGCCUGGCUCCUGCCGAAGGGAAUAAUCCAGUGAAAAUGCUUGCAGAUGAGACAAAUGAAGCUAAAUGUUUUCCUGUUUUGUUUCCUAAUGGUACUUCAACUUUUUGUGAUAAAAGGGCACAGAGAUUAACAUUGUCUCGAUAUUUUAAUAAUCGAAUUUUGCAUGCAGAUGGUAGAUUUGCACAAAAUAUUGAAUACAUUUUUUAUGCACAGUAUCUAUCAGAAAUACAACAGGUACUGUCUAAUGUAUCUAUUGCUUUAAGAAAAGGCCAUGGAUGUAGUAAGUCCAUACCAAGUGAAAUGUUCAAAGAUACUGAGUCCUUGAGGCAAGUGCUUAAUUAUGAUGAAGGCUAUAGAUUUUUGAAGCCCAUCCGUGGCACUCCGGCAUUUUGGCAAGGUGUGCAAAAAGAUUUGUUUGCCAUGGUCAGACAACUUGGCAUUCCCACCUGGUUUUGCUCGUUCUCAUCUGCUGAUAUGAGAUGGACAAAUCUAAUGUCAAGUAUUUUAAAACAUGAAGGAAGAAAAACAGCAUUAGAACAAUUACAAUGGGAUGAAAAAUGUGAACUUUUGCGUCGUAAUCCUGUAACAGCAGCUCGCAUGUUUGAUUUUAGGUGGCAUUGUUUUUUAAAAGAGGUGCUUAUGUCUCCUGUUCAGCCCAUAGGGGAAAUUGUGGACUACUUUUAUAGGGUGGAAUUUCAACAACGUGGUUCUCCCCAUGUCCAUUGCUUGUUCUGGAUAAAAAAUGCUCCACAAAUAGAUAAGAAUUCUGAUGAAGAAGUUGUGAAAUUUAUAGAUAAAUAUGUUACAUGCGAGAUGCCCUGUGAAGACGAUGAACUGCAGAGUGUUGUAACAUCCGUACAGUGUCACAGUAAACGUCAUUCCAAAACGUGUAAAAAGAAAAACACAGUUUGUCGCUUUAAUUUUCCCAAACCACCAUCUAUGCAAACAUUUAUUUGUCGCAGAAAAUUAGAAGAUGAGAAAAACUUGUCCAACAAAGGUGAUAGUCAAAGUGAAAGUAAAAGUACAAUUGUAGAUGAUAACACACAGGUAGAAUUUGCUCGAAACAUAAUGACUGCAGUUAAGAAAGCUAUUUCAGAAGAGCAGUUCAGUUCUUUAGAAACUUUGUUUCAUAGUGUUGGAAUAAAUCAGGAAUUAUUUGAAAUGGCAUAUAAAUGCAUUAAUAAUAGCACACACAUUGUCUUGAAACGACAAUUGCAUGAAGUAUGGGUAAAUCAAUAUAACAAAUUUAGCCUUAAGUGUUGGAAUGCUAAUAUGGACAUUCAGUAUGUAACAGAUGCUUAUGCUUGCAUAGUUUAUAUAAUUUCAUAUAUUUCAAAGUCAGAACGUGAAAUGGGUUUACUGUUAGCUAAUGCUCAGCGAGAAUCAGCAACUCAGGGUAAUUUAGAUGCAAGACAAGCUUUGAGGAAACUAGGAAGUGUGUACUUACAUAAUCGUGAAGUUAGUGCACAAGAAGCAGUUUAUAGGUUAACAAACAUGCAUUUAAAAGAGUGUUCGAGACAUGUUCAGUUCAUUCCUACAGGUGAAGAUACUGUACGAAUGAGUUUGCCUCUGAGUGUAAUACAAAACAAGUUGCAAUCUCAGAAUCUAAAAAGUGAAGAGAUGUGGAUGUCAAGUUUUGUUGAUCGCUAUAAGAAUAGGCCAAAUCAAAGCAUUUUUGAAGAUAUGUGUUUGGCCACAUUUGCGUCUGAAUAUCGCGUUGUAUACAAAGGUCAAUCUUGCGCUAAUAAAAUUAGGUUGGAAAAUAAUUUUGGUUUUAUAGUAAAAAGAACUCGUACUCAGCCUGCUGUUGUGCGUUUUGCUCGAUUUUCAAUAACAAAGAAUCCAGAAAAAUUUUAUCUCAGUGUAUUACAAUUGUUUCUUCCUUAUCAUAGAGAUAGUCAGUUAAAACCAGACCAGUAUUGUAAUUAUGAACAUUUUUAUAAAGAAGGGAAUGUUCGUUUUAGUGAUGGGUCUGUACACUUGGUUAAAAAUAUAGUGGACACAAAUAGAGCACUUUUUGAAAAGGAUGCAGAUGUCUUAGAUAAUGCACAAACUGCUGUUGAUAAUGAGGGCAUAUUAGAAGAUGCAUGGUGUUCACUUUGUCCUGAACAGCAAUUAGAACGUAUGGAAUGUAUACAGCUUAGACGUGAGACUGACCAGCAAGGUGAAGAAUAUGAAAGUGGUAUACCAGAUUUAGCAAAUGAUGAUGGGCCUGUGUCUCAAAUUGAGAAAAAGGACUAUAGUCUGAGUCGCUCAGAUGGGUUGAGCUUAAUUCGCUCUUUAAACAAAACCCAGAUAUCUGUUUUCUAUAAAAUUAGACAAUGGUGUUUAAGUAAAAUCAGAGGUGAAAACCCUAAACCUUUUCAUGUUUUCAUUACCGGUGGAGCAGGAACUGGCAAAAGCCAUUUAAUUAAAGCAAUACAAUAUGAAGCGACAAGAUUAUUGUCUCAAAUUGCUUUGUACCCAGAUGACGUGUCUGUUGUAUUAACUGCUCCAACUGGAAUUGCUGCUUUCCAAUUAAUGGCUUCUACUAUACAUCAUACGUUUUCCAUUGGCACAAAUGUGAAGUUGCCAUACACUCCUUUGGGAGAAGAGAAAUUAAAUUCUUUGCGAGCAAAAUUCCAUGGACUUCAGAUUUUAAUUAUAGAUGAGAUCUCAAUGGUAGAUCAUAAACUGUUGUCAUACAUUCAUGGAAGAUUACGUCAAAUUAAACAAACUGGAGACUUCUCUCCUUUUGGUAAUGUUUGUGUUAUAGCAGUUGGGGAUUUUUUCCAAUUGCCACCGGUUAAGGGUAAACCAUUAUAUACGGAAGUGCCAGGACUCGGACUGUGGUCUAAUUGUUUUACUGUUGUAGAGUUAACACAGGUAAUAAGGCAAAAAGACAGCAAAUUUGCUGAAUUAUUAAACCGUUUAAGGAAACGAAGUAAAAAGUAUCCACUGAGCAAAGAAGAUUUGGAGAUGUUAAGAAAAUGUGAAACAGGUGAGGAUGAUUUUACUCCUUUACACAUUUUUGCUACAAAUGAUGAAGUACAUGAGCACAACCUAAAGCAGUUAAUUAAUAUCUGCUCAGAGGUUGAAACCAUAGAGGCAGAAGAUUUUGCCCGUAGUAAGAAGACUGGCAAGGUAGAGUUAAUUGCUGGUCAUCAUAUAAAGGUUUACAAUACGUGCUUGCCAGCAAAGUUGCUUUUAGGCAUACAUGCACGUGUCAUGUUGAUAAAAAAUAUUGAUGUAAAUGAUGGCUUAGUUAAUGGCGUUUGUGGCACAGUAACACACAUUGUGCGUACUAAUAAAAAUAAGUUACCUGAAACUGUGUACAUCCAUUUUGAUGAUAGUCAUGUGGGAUUUAAAAGACGUAAACAAUGUUUGGCUGAGCCAGCAAAAUUGUUUAACUCAACUCCUAUAUAUGUAGAAGAGGAAAAUGCAUGCAGGAACGGUGGUUUUCGCCGCCAGUUUCCUUUGAAAUUGGCUUGGGCAUGCACAGUCCAUAAAGUACAGGGUUUAACUGUUGAUUGUGCUGUUGUUAAUUUAAAAAAUGUUUUUGCAGCUGGCCAGGCUUAUGUAGCACUGAGUAGAGUAAGAAAUUUGUCUGGCUUGACUAUUAAAGACUUUAAUGAAAAAAGUAUUUAUUGUAAUGAGAAACUUUUUGAAGCGGUACAAGAAAUGCCAUGUUUUGUGGUACACGAUGAGUUAUAUUUGACAGCACAACACAGCUCUUUUUCAAUAUUUAUGUUGAACGUACAGAGUUUGCGCUGUCAUAAACAAGAUCUGAAUGUUUGUGUUCAACAGUUAAGACCAUCAUGUAUUGCUUUAACUGAAACAUGGCUGCCUGAAUCCUAUCCUGAAAAUGUGCAAUUGGAAAACUACACAUUUGUGGGUCUUUCUCGUUGUGCAGCAUACACAAGCAACUGUCCCCCUUUCAAGGAUUUGAAAGCACAACAACAUGGUGGAGUUGGAUUAUAUACAGCAUACGGUGUAGCAAAUACUACUGUAACAUUUCCAAAUCUUAAUUUGGAAUGCUUGUUAACACACUUCACUGAAAAGGACAUAUUGGUUGGUGUUAUUUACAGGCCUUCAACAUACCCUUUGUCUGUUUUUAAACAAAACAUAGACAAGUUGAUUAAUUUAGUAUCAACGAUUUGCAAUAAAGUUGUGCUUGUAGGUGAUUUUAAUAAUGAUGCAUUAAAGUCCCAAUCCCUCUGCACUUUCAUGGCAGACAAGGGAUAUAUUCAACAUGUUAAAGAACCAACAACUGAGAAAGGAACCUUAAUUGACCAUGUGUAUGUAAAAAACAUUGACAUUUUUUCAGUUAACACAAGUGUUGUGCCUGUUUACUUUAGCACACAUGAAGGUGUUUUUUGUUCCUUUGAAGACAUGCACAUUUAAAUUUGUUGGAAAACUUAUCAUAUGUAUAGCUUAUGAGUUAAAUGACAAUUUAAACCUGUUGUUUUAAUCUUAUUAUUUUUGAUUAAGUCAUGAUUUGACUAAAUACAGUUCUGGUUAUUGAUAGAAGAAACAAAUUCCAUGAUGAAACAGGUUUUCUCUUAUUAAAGUUAAAAAAAAAAAUCAUGCAUGUUCAUUGCAUUAUAAAUAUCCAGAUUACUGCAUGAGAACAUUGCUAGAUUGUUAUUAUAUUGUUAUGUAAUCUUUAUUGGUUAAAUGAAUUUCUGUUUACUUGGUGAAAGAAACAAGCACCAUAUGAUGAAGGAGCUUAUCUCUUAUCAUCUGGAUCCUUUGUAAGCUGGUACCUCCAAAAAAAAAAAAAUAAUAAUUAAAAAUAAUAAAUAAAUCAGUGUUUUGUUUUGUUCAUUUUAUUUUAAAUAUCCACAUUACUACAUAAGACCAUUACUUGGUUGCCAUUUAAUUCGUAUGUGCUCCUCUUUAUCAGUUAAAUUAAGUUCUGGUUGCUUGGUGAAAGAAAAAAGGAACAUGAUGAAAGAGCUUAUCUCUUAUCUUCUGUAUCCUUGGUAAGCCAGUAUCAGGACUUUGUUGUAUUUUAAGUGACCACAUUACUGUAUGAAAACAUUACUAGUAUAAGAAUCCCACUCCAAAAAAAAAAAAAAAAACAUAAAAAAAACAAGUGCUUUGUUUUGUCCAUUGUAUUAUAAAUGUCCACAUUACCGGAUGAGAACAUUACUGGGUUGCUAUUUCAUUCUUAUGUGUUCCUCUUUAUCGAUUAACUUAAGUUCUGGUUGUUUGGUGAAAGAAAAAAGGAACAUGAUGAAAGAGCUUCUCUCUUAUCUUCUGUAUCCUUGGUAAGCCAGUAUCAGAACUUUGUUGUAUUUUAAGUGACCACAUUACUGUAUGAAAACAUUACUAGUAUAAGAAUCCCACUCCAAAAAAAAAAAAAAAAACUUUAAAAAAACAGUGCUUUGUUUUGUCCAUUGUAUUAUAAAUGUCCACAUUACCGGAUGAGAACAUUAUUGGGUUGCCAUUUAAUUCGUAUGUGCUCCUCUUUAUCGAUUAACUUAAGUUCUGGUUGUUUGGUGAAAGAAGAUGCUUUGUUUUGUCCAUUGUAUUAUAAAUGUCCACAUUACCGAAUGAGAACAUUAUUGGGUUGCCAUUUAAUUCGUAUGUGCUCCUCUUUAUCAGUUAAAUUAAGUUCUGGUUGCUUGGUGAAAGAAAAAAGGAACAUGAUGAAAGAGCUUAUCUCUUAUCUUCUGUAUCCUUGGUAAGCCAGUAUCAGAACUUUGUUGUAUUUAGGUGUCCAUAUUACUGUAUGAAAACAUUACUAGUAUAAGAAUCCCAUAAAAAAAAGAAGAAAAAAAAAAAGAAAAGAAAAUUGGUGUUUUUGUCCUCUGUAUUAUAAAUGUCCACAUUAAAGCAUGAGAACAUUACUGGGUUGCUAUUUCAUUCUUAUGUGUUCCUCUUUAUCGAUUAACUUAAGUUCUGGUUGUCUGGUGAAAGAAAAAAGGAACAUGAUGAAAGAGCUUAUCUCUUAUCUUCUGUAUCCUUGGUAAGCCAGUAUCAGAACUUUGUUUUAUUUAGGUGUCCAUAUUACUGUAUGAAAACAUUACUAGUAUAAGAAUCCCACUCCAGAAAAAUAAAAAAUAAUAAAAAAAUGUGUAAUCAUGUUAAAUCAACAACAAAAAAGGUUUUAUUUUUCUUGCAUUGCAACAGCAUAUGUUAAAGUGUAAAUACACAUAUGUAAAAUAUAAAAUAAGUAACACUUGGUAAGCAGCAAUUGCAGGUGUAAAUAGUUUAAUAUAUUGUAUCAAACCAACUUUUUAUAAUUAAACAUAAAUGCAUUUGAAUAAAGUCAUUAUUGUAAAAAGGUAAUAUGGUUAUUGUGAUUCUUAAUUCUAAAAGGCUGUAAUUAAAUUCAUAUUAAUGCAAAUGUACAUUUAGCUUGCCAGCCCCGUCUGAUGUUGGUUUGGUCCACAAAUGCUUGCAGUUGCAUAUUUAUUUAUUUAUGGAAGAAGGGGAAUAAA